AUGAACACGCCUGAUCCCCCAUCACCGGAGCAUGGCUCAUCGCCGGUUCCUGGCAGAGAAGCAUUCGACCUCAAGCAUCCAGACCCGCUGCGAAUGCAUCCAGUCGGAGUAUGUACGCCUCCCCAGUACACGCUUCCCAAGCCGCCACCUCCCCCCAAGUUCACUCCGCCCACCGCCAGAAACUUCUCAUUCUCUGUCUCCGGACUCUGGAAGUCGAACGGAAACAUGCUACGCUGGAUCACCGAGGUGCCGAGUGUUCAUCAGGGUCUAAACGAACAGCUUCCCGACACCCCCUCGCAGAAGCACCCACUGAAUCAUGAUGAUGCCCCCGGCGGCCACGAGGGUGGCCAGCAUCGGAACAAGAAGGCCAAGCUCGCCCAGGGUGCUUCCACCGCACGUCGUCGAGACCGUAUUCUCAGCUCGACCGUCGAUGCUGCUCGUAGACUGUCCAGUGGUUUUCACAACAUGUUCAGCUCUCGCCCCAGCAGUGGACAAAUUCUCGAGGACUUUGCCACCUUGAACAUUGCAUCACCUGCCGGAGCUCCCUCGACCCCGCGUCCUCGUGAGAAAAUGAGAUUUGCUGUCAUUGGCGACGGCAACUCUGGUAAGACUUGCAUGCUCCUCCGCUGGUACUACGGAGUGUUCAACAGCAACUGGUAUCCGACCCACUACGACCUCUUCAACCGAAGCUACCCCGUCGACGGCAGGAACACCGACCUCGAGAUCUGGGACAUGGCCGGCCGCGCCGACCUGCACCAGCUGGCUCUGCUGUCUUACCUGCACUGGGACGGAAUCUUCCUCUGCUUCAGCGUAAACAAUGAUCGCAAGUUCAACAACGCCCAGACUCGCUGGAUCAACGAGAUUCAUAUGCACUGCCCCGGUAUUCCCAUUUUCCUCGUGGGCCUCAAGAUUGACACUCGCCUUGGAAACGGCCGCUGGGCACCUCUCUUUGGCCCGAUCGAUACUCGCGUCAGCAUCUCAGAGGGUGAGGCCGCUGCUGCCAGCAUUGGUGCUGUUCGAUACCUGGAAUGCUCGGCCAAGACCAACGAGGGUGUCAAUCAGGUCUUUGACGAGGUCAUCCGCACAAUCCGACAAUUGAGAUCUGGCAGGGCCCCUGUUCAGGAGAGACGGGGUAUGACUUUGGGAGACCUCAUGUGCUUCUGA